UGGGUCUCAAUCUUCACUUUCCCCCAUCUCCGUGAGCAGUGACAACGCCUGCUGCAACGAUGUUCGUGUCUCGCAUACGUCAACCACAGGAUUGCAAUUUGCCCUCCUCAGUGUCUACCUGCGCACUGCAACGAUAAUGGCAUCACUGAAGCUAGCGACGUUGGACUCAAGCUUCGUAUCCCACGUCUCGGUGAGCAACCAAAUCGCAUGUUGCCCCUGCCCGCUUCUUUCGCAAGCCCUGAUCGCAGCGCUUUGGCUGUUGAUGUCGGGCUCCAACCUCGCCCACCACAUCUCGUUCAGAAGCGCCAGAGCCCGCUGCCACUGUUUGCCCCUCUCGCAUGCAGUAAUCCCAGCAUUAUAACUCAUGACGUUGGUCUCCAAGUUCACCUCCCAGAUCUUGUUCAGCAGCGUCAGGGCCCGCUGCCACUGGUCGCCCUUCUGGCACGCACUUAUUCCAGCAUUGCAACUAUAAUGUCGGGCUCCAACUUCUCCUCCCACAUCUCGCUGAGCAGCGCCAGAGCCCGCUGCCACUGGCUGCCCUUCUCGAACGCGCUGAUCCCAGCGCUGUAGCUGACUGGGGCUGACCCCUGGACUGCCGUCCACCAAGUACCACUCGCAUGCAAAAGUGAGGGUUGCAGCGCACGCGCGGCACAACUCAAAUUCUAAGACAACAGUGCUGAGCGCGACACGGCGCGGCAGGCACAACAAAUCAUGGCGCAUAACACAUCAGAUACGACAAACCUGUUCGGGACACGGCGCUGUGGAGGGGAGCGCGCUGGGACGUUCCCGACACGUUCCGACGGGCGGCGGAGUCCGAGUGGGUCCGCCUGGGCGGGCAGGAUCGAACAGUCGACAUGCCAACAAGUAGCGGAGACCAAUCGGACCAAGCCAGAGCCAACCAUGACGAAAACUGUCAACAUGUUGCCUGGCGAAAUAGAUGAGAAGAUUCCACUCGGCUACCAAAUCCUGCCCGUCAAGUCGUUGAGCAACAUUACCACAUGCAUGCCACGCUCGCUUUUAUCGCACGCGCCGAUUCCCUCUGCGUAGCUGAUCUGGCGCUGAGCUCCAGCUUCACCUCCCGCGUCUCGCUGAAAAGCGCCAGAGCCUGCUGCCACUGCUGACUUUUCUCGCACGCGCUGAUCCCAGCGCUGUAGCUGACUGACGUAAACCAGUAGAUUCAAUAUCCACGUGAACAGAACAUAGAUGAGGAAACAAUGACAUACCUUAGCACCGUCUUUCACAUUCCGUUCUCUCUCCGCCCCUUCUGGAUGCACAUCCUCAUGUAUUGUCGUCGCAAAGGACGUCACCAAUCAACACUGUUGACUGUUCUCGCACGCGCUGAUCCCAACGCUGUAGCUGGAUGACGGUGACGUCGAGCUCGAGCUUCGCCCCCCUCAUCUCGAUGAGUAGCGCGAUAGCCCGCUGCCACUGCGCGCCUUUCUCGCACGCACUGAUCCCAGAGCUGUAGCAAAUAACGUUGGGCUCCAAACUCGUCAUCCGCAUCUCACUGAGCAGCGCCAGAGCCCGCUGCCACUGCUUGUUUUUCUCGCACGCACUGAUCCCAGCGCCGUAGGUGAAGACGUCGAGCUCCAACGUCGCCUCCCACAUCUCACCGAGCAACGCCAACGCCCACUGCCACUGCAUACUUUUUUCACACGCGCUGAUCCCAGCGCUGUAGCUGAUGACUUUGGGCUCCAAUUUCGCCUCCCUCAUCUCGCUGAGCAGCGCCAGGGCCCGCUGCCACUGGACUCCCUUCUCGCACGCGCUGAUCCCAGCGCUGUAGCUGUAAACGCUUGGAUCCAACUUCGCCUCUCUCAUCUCGCUGAGCAAUGCCAGGGCCCGCUGCCACUGCUCUCCCUUCUCGCACGCGCUGAUCGCAGCGUUGUAGCUGACUAAGGCUGACUCGUGGACUACCGUCCACGAAUGCCGGUGCUCAGAG